UCCUCCGCGGUGCCAGUCACUCAGUCAGCCUCUGCGAGCAUCCAACGCCGACCAACCACCACCACAAGUUCACCGCUACCACCACUGCACGGAGUCACGGCGAUGACGCCGCCUCACCACCCCGUAAACUUCGCCGUCCUUCUCCUCUUCCUAUGCCUCCCGGCAGUCCCACCCGCCGCCGCCGCGGCCGACCCGACCCCGACCCCAUGGCCCCCGCAGUUCCACGCGACGCUGGUGAUGGACUACCACGGCAACAUGUCCGUGGCCGACCUCUGGUACGACUGGCCGGGCGGCCGCAACCUGCACGUCAUCCGCUACCAGCUCGCCGCCGACGCGCCAUACUACGACAACGAGUGGAACAACGGCACCUCCUUCUUCUACACGCCGGCGCUCCGCACCUGCCGCUCCGCCGCCGUCGGGGUCGGCAUCCUCCGCCCGGACUGGCUCCGCCCCGGGGCCGUCUACCUCGGCCGCCGCGACGCCGGCGGAUUCGACUGCCACGUCUGGGCCAAGGCCGACUUCAUCACCUACUACGAGGACGUCAACACCAAGCGACCCGUCAAGUGGGUCUUCUACACAGGUAGGACCGCCUACGUUAUGAGCUUUGAGGUGGGAGCGGUGCUGGAGGACGCGGCGUGGCAGGCCCCGGAGUACUGCUUCACCAACAACGGUGGGCUUGGGCUGGCCGACGAGACCACCACCACCAUCGCUGGCGGCAGCAGCUUCGUCCCCAGGAGCGUGCUGUGAGGUCCCCACGAGCGGCAGCAGCUUCAGUAUUUGGAGAAAUACGAUCGAUAUGUGCACAGCGUACGCGCAGUAAUGUAUGUAAUCUUUUGCCUGUCUGUUGUUUAUCUCUGAGCGAAACGUGUGGCUUUUGUGGUG